AAAAAAUCCAAAGGAAAAAAAAAAACAUCCAUAACAAAAAUAAUUUUCGUAACUGUUGCUGGGUUCUUGUUACGAUAAACGAAAAAACAAACAGAGCUCUCUGCAUCUGGGUCUCAGGAAACGAAGAAAUCCCUCUGAUCCAAUUCUCACUUUCAUCAUCGCCAUCGGAUCUCUCUUCAAUCGCCGUCCUCCGCCGUUCUUUCCCGUCGCCGCCGCUGAAAGUCUGAGUGCUGUUCUCGCUUUCGGAAUUGUGAACUUCUUGUGAACACAUAAGCUAUCAAGUGAAAUAGCAUGAGCUUCAGAUUCUUCUGUUUCUGAAGAUUGGGAAGGGAAGUGUAUUAAAGUGAGCUGCAACGAUGUUUUCACUGUUUUAUGGUCUUUGGAAGUAUCUGUUCAGUAAGAUGGAGCUUCACGUACUCAUUCUGGGGAUUGACAAGGCUGGGAAAACAACUUUGCUGGAGAGGAUGAAGUCAGUGUACUCAAACAUAGAAAGCCUUCCUCACGAUCGAAUCGUUCCAACUGUGGGGUUGAAUAUUGGUCGUAUUGAAGUUGCAAAUAGGAAACUUGUGUUCUGGGACUUGGGAGGUCAGCCUGGUCUUCGCUCAAUCUGGGAGAAAUAUUAUGAAGAGGCGCAUGCUGUGGUCUUUGUUGUAGAUGCUGCCUGUCCCUCAAAAUUUGAAGAUGCUAAGUCUGCACUUGAGAAGGUGCUUCGGCACGAGGAUCUACAGGGAGCCCCUCUUUUGAUAUUAGCUAACAAACAGGAUCUUCCGCAAGCAGUAUCAGCCGACGAACUUGCACGUUGUCUAGAUUUAAAGAAGCUGGAAGAAAGAGUUCACAUGUUUGAAGCUGUGUCAGCCUAUGAUGGGAUUGGAAUUAGGGAAAGUGCAGAAUGGUUGGUUGAAGUGAUGGAGAAGAGUAAGAGGACCGAAAUGUUGAGAGCGCGGGCAGGUGCAAUGGGUCAGGGUCCUGCCUAAAAAGGUCUUACAAUUGAGCCAAAACUGUUUUUCUGUUACUUUAUAGAUAUGUAAAUCCAAACUGGAGUAUACAGGAUUGAAAUUCAUUUAGGAAAAGGAAGGGAAAAGAACAAUUUGGAAUUAAACUGAGCCUUGAAAAAUUAUGUCUUGUUAACAUGUAAUACAAACAGUUUCAUAUGAGAGGCUCAGCCUCCAUUAUUUCAUAGAGCAAGUUUCCUUCA